GACACCCUUCUGUAUCAAGAAAAAAUUUGAUCUGAGCAAAGACUGGUUGGUUAAAGAACGAACCACGAUUCCAACUGAUCGUCAACACACGAAUUCCUGCUCCUCCCCUAUCCCCUCCGGCGACGUGGCGUCCUCUGACUUAAGAAGAUUCCACAGGUCCUUCUCCAUCUUCAUUAACCCUUCACCCCUCCCUCUACUCUGCUCAGGAAACAGAAGUGUUUGAAGAAGAGAGAUGGCGAUUCCGGCAAAGGCGCUUUCUUUCUCGUUUGUGGCCCACUUCCUCGCGGCGGCGCUGGCGGCGAUGGUGUUGGUUUGGAGCUUUCACUUCAGGGGCGGAUUAGCUUGGGAAGCUACCAAUAAAAAUCUCAUCUUUAAUCUUCACCCGGUCUUGAUGCUCAUCGGCUUCAUUAUUCUUGGAGGAGAAGCUAUUAUGAGUUAUAAAUCACUCCCAUUUAACAAGGAAGUGAAAAAGACGAUUCAUCUGGCUUUGCACGCUGUCGCCUUGGUACUUGGUAUCAUAGGAAUCUGGGCAGCCUUCAAGAAUCACAAUGAAAGCGGCCUUGCCAAUUUGUACAGCCUGCAUUCAUGGCUUGGAAUAGGCGUCAUUGUUCUUUAUGCCAUUCAGUGGAUUUAUGGCUUUGUGGUGUUCUUCUACCCGGGAGGAACAUCAAAUAUCAGACGCGAAUCACUUCCUUGGCAUGUGCUAUUUGGUAGCUUUGUGUAUGUCUUAGCUGUUGGGAAUGCGUGUUUGGGAUUUGUUGAGAAGCUCACCUUCCUUGAGAGCGCGGGUCUGAACAAAUACGGAUCUGAGGCAUUUCUGGUCAAUUUCACAGCCAUUGCGACGAUUCUGUAUGGGGCCUUUGUUUUCUUGACUGUCCUUUCUUCACACACUCCUCCUCUAGAUGAUCACAGUUACUCUGCAAUAUGAGUGCAUGCUUGUACUGUUAUGGUAUGUUGUAUUGUAUAGUUUAGCCGUACAUGUGCCCCCCCACCCCACCCCCACCCCCGUACGUGCGUCGAAUAAGUAUGAGCAGGAUGGACUUAUCUGCAUUUUGUUUUCUGCAAAUAAUCUUUGUGUUCCUAA